AUGACUGACCCUCGUCCCUACCACAUCCUGAGCUACGGCACUCUUUUGGGAUCGCAGAUCUUCCAGUCCUUCGUCGGCGGUAUUGUUGCUUUCCGCGCCUUGCCGCGCCCGCAGUUCGCUACCCUGCAAACCGCCAUUUUCCCUGUUUAUUUCUCAAUGCAGACUGCCCUGCCCGUGGUGGUCGCCCUGACUGCCAGCAGAGGUGGACAAGCUCUCGGUAUCUCGGGCCUGUUAGGCCCGGAGGACCGCUUUAGUACCCUGCUGCCCAUGGCCACCGUCGCAAUCACCGGGCUGAUCAAUAUGUUUGUCCUUCGCCCGUUGACGGUUAACACUAUGCGCGAGCGGAAGCAACAGGAAACUCGUGAUGGCAAGAAGAGCUAUGAUGCUCCUCCUCAUUCCAAGGAGAUGGUUGCCCUUAACAAGAAGUUUGGCCGGAUUCAUGGUUUGUCUAGCUUGGUGAACAUGGUCAGCCUGAUUGCGACUAUUUGGUAUGGUGCUGUCCUGAGCAAGAGGCUGGAGUAG